GUAAAAUAUUUUAGAUUCACUCAAUUAUUUUGGAAAAGCGAAAACAAUUUUAAAAAUAUGUUUUUGAUUAUGUUUUUAUUUAGGUUUUUUAUAUAGUUCUUAAGUUACACUCCAAAUAAAACUCUUAUAGGGUUCGGUGGCCUAUAAGUAUCAAAAGGAUUUGCCAUUCCUCUCAAAUUAGAAAAUCAGAAUUGCAUAACAACCAUGGACCUCAAAAAAUCAACGGGUUGCCACACCGAUGUUGCCCUCCUCAUCACGAAGACUGUAUUCUCAAAAGAAAAAUAUCAUGACAAGAACCUCAUAUUUUCUCCAUUGUCCCUCCAUGCUGCUCUUAGCAUCGUCGCCGCCGGUUCAGAUGGCUCCACACUUGACGAGAUUCUUUCCUUGCUCCGAUCCGACUCCAUCGACCAUCUCAACUCCUUCACGUCUCAGAUCAUCUCUGCUGUAGUCUCCGAUGGCGCUGCUGCUCCUUUACCUAGUCCUAGCCUGUCUUUUGUCAAUGGAGCAUGGGCUGAUAAAUCCCUUUCUCUUUCCCAUUCGUUCAAACAACUUGUCACCACUCAUUACAAGGCCUCUCUAGCUUCCCUUGAUUUUCAAACCAAGGGUGGUGAAGUGUGCCAUGAAGUGAAUUCAUGGGUUGAAAAAGAGACAAAUGGCCUUAUUACAGAACUUCUUCCUAGCCAGUCAAUAUCCAACUCAACCAGACUUAUCUUUGCAAAUGCACUAUACUUUAAAGGUGAGUGGAAACACAAGUUUGAUGCUUCUAUAACAGGCAACUAUGAUUUCCAUCUUCUUAAUGGCACCUCAAUCAAGGUUCCUUUCAUGGAGAGAAGAGAGUAUAUGGAGAGGAAGAGGUAUAUUAGUGCUUUUGACGGUUUCAAAGUCCUUCGGCUUUCUUAUAAACAAGGUAGCUAUGAAAAUCGCAAAUUCUCCAUGUACAUUUUUCUUCCUGAUGCAAUAGAUGGACUACCAGCCUUAAUUGAAAGGGCGGCUUCUGAGCCUGGGUUCUUGGAUGACAAGCUUCCAAGGAAAAAAGUGAAAGUGAAUGACUUUAGAAUUCCAAAAUUCAAGAUUUCUUUUUCCCUUGAAGCUUCUGAGGUGUUGAAGGAGCUGGGAAUGGUUUCACCUUUCUCUCAAGGUAGUGCUGAUUUUGGAAAAAUGGUGGAAUCUCCUUUAGAUAAACUGUAUAUUGAAAGCAUGUUUCAGAAAGCUUUCAUUGAGGUUAACGAGGAAGGCACUGAAGCUGCAGCGUCCUUCAUGGUGACUCUUGCUGCGAUGGGUAUUACAAGACCGAGUGGUAUUGACUUUGUAGCCGAUCACCCCUUUCUCUUCAUGAUCAGAGAAGAUUUGACUGGAACAAUUUUAUUUAUUGGGCAGGUGCUCCAUCCUCUUGUGGAUCCAGCCACACUGAACAAUGAAAGAAGUUCGAAACGUAGGAGAAGAUUUGGUGGCAGAAAAAACUAGUAGUUGGUGAAAAUUUGAGAUGAAGUAUUUUAAAUUUUUUUCAUUUUGUUUAGUACGAUUAAGUAUUUUCCGUAUCAAUAUCUGAUUGAAUUUUUUGCUAGGGUAACUCUCCCAUGCUACUAUAUAU